AUGCGCCUGUUGGCUCUUCGAGUCUCUGGCCAGGCCCGGGACAAGAAGCCCGGCCCUGGCAACGAGUGUCAAGUGCACACUUCAAUCGCACUUUCUUGUUGCACUCCACCGACUCCCCAAUACCCACGAGCCUCUAACUCUUCGCCCUCCCUACCUCCCUCCCUCCCCCCCCGCUAUACACACAACGCGAUAGCAACCAGACCUGGGACCACCUGCGUCUGUAGACAUAAUGCCUGCCGGCCACGGGCCAGUCAUCCUCCUUUUUGA